UAACUUUUUCAGAUCUUGUUUAAUAUUGUUUAAUGUUGAUGGCCGUUUACGACAAAACCUUGUAUAAAAAAAUAUAAAUUAAACAAAAAUAAUCAAUGCGUGAGUUUUGAUGCAUGAUCAACAUGACAUGGUCAUGAAUCGUGGGAGUCCCAAUAGCGUAAUAUCAAAGGUAGUCUUUCAUCUGACGCAAUUGCCCUUUGUCUGUGUUUCAUUACUAUCUUUUCAUCCGUUCCCGCUGCCGCCAUCAAGAGGCAUUAUCGUCAUGCCUCUAAACACUCCAUGACCAUCAUCAUACUCAUCUAAACAUGUCAUUAUCAUAACUGUCAUCAUCAUCAUCAAUUCAUCGGCGUUACCCCUUAAACUCUACUGUCCAGUAUCAUCCAUUCAGCGAGGGUUUGGUUUUAGUCUAAGGCUUGUUGAACGUUUUUAAUCAAACUCCAGGAAAAUAUUAACAUAAUAAAAAAUACUAAAAAUUUAUCAAACUUUCAUUUGACUCGUCAAACCGCUUAAAACUAGCCGGACCGUUCGGACCAGCUGUUCGGCCCGGUGGCCAUGCAGCAUACCAUCGUCAUGAUGAUCAUGAAGAGGGAGGGCAUCAUCACCAUCAUCAUCAUCAUGGUAAUGGUGAUGUGCCAUCCAUUAUGCAUCACGUAGCAUGAACUCUGCGACCACCACUCGCGCAUGGCCUGCCCUCCGUACCAUCUCUUUCUCUCUCUCUCUCUCUCUCAAUUUGCGUGUUUUCUCUCUCUUCAGCCUCUUACACAUGAGCUUCUUCGUCUCACACCUCUCUGUUUCUCUCUCGCUACAAGUCUCUUUCUCACUCCUCUUGCAAAUCCCCCCUGUUUCUCUCUUACAAAAACACACUCUCUCUUUCCUUCCUAUAAAUCCUCUCUCUAAACACCUGUAAAUGUUUCUCAGGGCCGUUCCAUGGGACUUCCUGUUUACAGGGUAUGUCUCCCGCCAUUUUGAUUUUUUCUUUCUUUUUUAAACUCAAGCUUCAGAGUUAAAGAUAGUAAACGCGCGGCAUAGGAAGGGAGUAAUGCAGCAAUCAAUGAGGGGCAACUCCAAGGAUACAGACACGAGUGAAGGAGAGAAAGACCAAGCAAGUGAUAAAACAAACGAGUGGUGGAAACAAAUAAAGAACAAACCAGUCAAUGAAUGACGAAAACAUCACAUGUAUCGAACUUUUCUGUGAUAUUUUUUUACCAUUUACUGAGAAUCCAUUUAUUUUCUUCCAUCUUUAUUCCUGCACUCUGUACGAUUUACUUGUGGCAAUUUGUUCACCCACAUUGUUUUCAUGCUUCAUUUGCUAUAAAAAGCUAUCAUCAUAUCUAGAAACUGGUCUCUGUGUUUAUAGUUGUGCUUUCUAGGGUUUUUGUUGCAGAACGAAUAGAAAUCCCCCAUUUCUUGCAUUUCAUGCUUCUUCUCUUAAAUUCCUGAAACCAGUUCAGAGUUCAGCCUUAGGUUUCAGAAAAAUAGCCAUUUUGUAUUGUAAUUCUUUUCAGGGCAGUCCCCCUUUUUUUAGGGUAGUCCCCUUUUUUUUGUCCGAUCCAUGAUGAACCACAAAUCAGUAAGAAAACCUUGGAUUCUUAUGCAAACGAUCUGUAAUGUUAAGCAUCAACAAGUAAUAAUGUUUUAUUGACUGUCAUUUUACUGUAAAUAAGAAAUGAGGAUCAUAUUUAGUCUUAGUUCCUUUUCUCUUUUUGAUUGAUUAAAAUGAGGAUCAUAUUUCCUGUCCAUUCCUUUUCUCUUUCUUUUUUUGAUUAAACUGUUAACCAGGAACAAGAGAAGAAAUUUUUAGAACUCCAACGAAAGGGGUUUUGAAAUUUCACCACUAUUAAUGAACUUGCACCAUCAACACACUGAAAAGUUUUGUGUUGAUGCUUAUGGAGUUAAUCAGCUAGGUAAUACACCAUACUAAUCAGUUGCACGAUACACAAUAUACCAUUUGCAAUAUAAAUUUCGAUAGAUAAAAUAAAUAAAUAAAAUAGAUCAAUGUGGUGGUCAUGAAAGAAUCAUCCAUUGUAGCGAAUCAUAGAGUGAACUUUUCACUAAAAGGGAAAAAUGGACACUGUUCUAUGAAGGGUUAUCCACCAUCUGUAUGAGAUGACUGACAGUGGAGAUUAACUGUGGUAGGACCUAUUAGGGCAUCCACCUGUUGCAGUUAAUCUUGACAAUUCAUCAUUGAGAUGGAUGGCGGAUACCUCUUCGGAUUACUGUAUACCAUAAUCCCCUGGGAUGUGGUAAAAUUCUCUUAAAUUGGAAUUUAAGUGGAUUGCAACAUUUGUGGCAUGCCUUUUAUCUUGUGUUUGUGCUAUUUCUUUGUCCUUUGUUUUCAUUAUUGUUUACCGGUCCACCACGCUCUGUUUUAUGAUGCUUCCGUUGUACAACUCCUGAAUGCUACAGUGGCUGCAUAGGUAUUUGUAAUCUUUAUUUUGUCUUUUUUAUGGGAUGAGAAAAGAGCUGAAUAACACUGGUCAUACCCAUUUUGUGUUGAAUUUCUGUCAAUGUGUUUUUAUCUUCAGCAAAUAUCCCUAAUCCAGUAGCUGAUUAUGCAAUAUUUGUCAUUUGUGUGUGUUUGAGUUACUUCAGAAAGGAAAGAAGCAAGGAGGAUGGAAAUUUAUAGUAUUUAUUGUCAGAUUGCUUCAAUUUCUCAUUCAAGAACAUUUGAUUGAUCUAUUGGGGUAAUUGGGCUGAUUUUAGUGCCACAACAGGAUGAUCACUCCAUAGAGAUCUUAAGUAAUCUAUGGUUCUAAGUUGCUGAAGAAAGCGGCUUUGGCUACGAUGAAGUUAAACGGCAUAGGAUUUGAUGGUCAUGAGAUUAGUGAGCAAAACUGUCCUCUAAGGAGCAUAAAGUUUCCAUUUGAUCGUAAUGAAGCAAGUUCAGGAUUGGUCAUCCCUUCAAAAUUUGGCAAUGUCAAUUUGGUUUGCUCAAACUCAAGACCACUCCAUGCCAUUCCUAUUGUGGAGAACUGUUUACCAGGUUCUAGCUUAGAAGCUGGAAAGAGGGCGCUUGGCUUCCAACCAGAUUCAAGCUACAUCAACUCAAGAAUUCCAAGUGAUUGUAUGUCGAAAAGGAUUCGUAACUCUGCGGCUUCAAUACCUGUUCUGGCUCUUAACAGUGAAAUAUCUUUCACCCAAUUGCUUAAUGGAGAUAAAUCUGAUGCUGAGAUGAAUUUGUUGGGGCCAUUUCCUGAGCUAAAUAUCAUGACAGAACAAGAUUCCCAUGCUUCCAUAAUACAAGUAGUAAAACGAGAGAUGGAUCUUGUAUGCAAGGAUCAACCAGAUGCCAAUGAUAUCCCAGCAGCCAUUGCUUUGAGGCCACCAUCAAUCAGGGCUCUGAGAGGCCAAGCCACCAAUCCACAUAGUAUUAGUGAGAGGCUUCGAAGAGACAGGAUUGUGGCUAGAAUGAAUGAUUUACAUGGACUACUUCCGAAUUGCCAGAAGGGUGACCAAGCAUCUAUUCUGGAUGACAUAAUUGAUUAUGUUAAAUACUUGCAGCUCCAGAUCAAGGUUCUAAGCAAGCACAAGCUGUGUGGAAAGGAGCCAGUCCAUCCUCUUAUUCAUAUUGAGGGAUUCGGUCACUAUGAACUCUAUAAUGCAUCCUAUGAACCACUUGAGGAAAAGAUUGCGAAGCUGAUGGAGUCGGACACAGCCCUGACAGUGCAGUUGCUCAUGAGCAAAGGUCUCUCUUUCAUGCCCAUGACCUUUGAAGAUUCUUACACUCCUGAGUAAGACUGUUUUUUUCCCCUUGUGAAGAUGUCCUCCGCAAAUUUUGCGAGCAAAUUAUGUAGAUUUUCGCACUAUUGAGUAAAUUUUAGACUUUCACAGUCCUAUAGAACUUCUGGCUUCUGUUUUUUUUUCUGGGGAAAACUUGUAGAACCUGAUAUUUGUGGCCAAUUUACUCAUUGCUCUGGUGUAUGCUUUUGUUGUUU